AGCAACUCUUCCUUCUGAUGGACAAGUAGGAAUCCGGCUCCCGAACGGUUCUUGGACGGGGGUCGUCGGCAGCAUUCAGAGAAGAGAAGUGGACAUGACCAUCACGGCCGUGAUUCAGUCUCACAGCCGCAUGACCGUCGGCCAGUACGGUCCUCCCAUCAUGUACGCUCAGUUCGGCAUUCUCUCGGGAACCGGAACGAGCACGUCCAACGUAUUCGGAUACAUUCUCACCUUCGACUGGAAGGUUUGGGCCCUGCUUCUCGGCGCUAUGCCCUUGCUCGCACUGCUAAUAAGCCUAUCUGAGACCAUCCUGCACAACACGCCGUGGAGGGAGAUACCACAGAGAGUGCACGGAUGGAGUUGGGAACUCUUCAGGAACUUGCUCUACGAAAGUUCGCCACGCAUCCCUACACAGACGUCCGCGCGCGUCGCCUUGACAUCUUGGCUUCUGGGGGUGCUGGUGAUUGCCAACUCGUUCGCGGGACAUCUGAAGUCCAGCAUGGCCAUCAAGAACGAACCAGCUCAACUGGACAGCGUCCGCGACGUGGUAGCCCAGCGCAACCUCAGGCCCAUAGUCUGGAAGGGGUCACACUACGAGGAGUUCCUGUCGGUCAGUCCCCGAUAUGCUAAUAGACGCAGAUGAGGACG